UAAACAGCGAUUUAAAAUCCGUUGGUUAAAUUAGCAAACGUCCGAUUCUGUCUUACGUUCUGUGUGUUAUGUAAAUUGUAUAUAUACAUAAUGGGCAAUUAUAUGACCAAGUUGUUUCGCACUAAUGAAGGCCAAAAAGAAAGCGAUGAGCUACAAACAGUUAAGCAGCAAGUAGCUGCAGAUGAUAAUAUGUGUACACCAACAUUAAAAAAGGUGCUAUGUGAUCCACGUUCAGUUUCAACAGGAAUCUUAAGAACUCCUAUUGAACAGUUAGCUACACAAGACGAUAGUAUGUGCACACCGACAUUACCUGAUAAAAGGAUACUUUGCGAUCCACGUUCAAUUUCAGCAGGAAUUGCAAGAACCCCUAUUGAGACAAUUAUACAAGAUAAUAGUAUGUGCACAUCAACAUUACCUGAAAAAAGAGUAUUGUGUGAUCCACGUUCAAUUUCAGUAGGAGUCUCAAGAACUCCAAUUGAGGUGAACUAUACUCCAAUUCCAAUGACCAAAAGAGCACCUAGUGCAAUUCCAGAGUAUUUACAGAAAAAAAAAUAUCUCGAAACCAAUAUGGAUAUAGUAAUGCCACCUCUAACACCAAAAAAAUGUUUUAUAAAAUUAACAGAUGGUGAUCAGGGAUCAGAAUCAGAUGGAACACAAGAUUAUUUAACACCAAAUAUUAAUGCUGAAAAGGAUCCAAAACAUGUUACACCAAUUGAUAAUGACCGUUAUGAAAUUUUGGGAUUAGAUCCUAGAUCUCCAGCUGCAGACUUCGAUAGAACGCCUCUUUUAAAACCGAAAUCCCUUGCGUUAAUAAAAGUGCGAUCGCAAGAAACUUUACAUCGCAGAGGCAGUUAUGAAUCAGAUAUUUAUAAACCAACAAAGUCACAUCAAGAAAUUAAUACAUCACUUAAUAUUCCAAAAAUACAAUUGUUAUCCAAUGUAAUUUCGGGAACCUCGAAAACAUUAGAUAUGGAGGAACAGGAUGAAUCACAUAUAUUCUGCACACCCCAACAAUCUGAUUCUGAUUCAAGUGUUUUUGAAAAUGAGGAGGAAGUUACAGUUAUUAAGAAUUUAAAAUGCAAAAAUGAAGAGGAAAAAUCAUCAAUAUCAUUAGUUGAACAGAUAACUGCGACUGAUAAAAACAAAGAUGAUACAAAUAUAAAGAAUGAUUGCGAAGAUAUUGAACAUGAUAUGGAAACAAUACAUAUAAAGGAUGAUGAAAGUGAAGUAUGGCAUGAUUCAGUAUCAUCAGAAGAAGAUAUUGCAGGUAAGAAAGAGAAGGAAAAUAUUAUACAAAAGUUACCACAAAAAAAAGCUAGAGAAGAUAUAAUUAUAAUGUUUGAUGAAUGUGCUACAAUUAGUACUUUACCAAAACCAAUAAAGAUAGAAGGAGAUUGUCAGAAGAAGGGAGAUAUUGCAAGAAGAAAGAAGAAUGCCAAGAUAGGUGAUACAGUUACAUCAAAUGAAAAAAAGACUCUUAACCUUGAAAAUAAAAUGAAUCGAACACCUUUUGGCAAUCGAUCUAAUAAUGAUCAAGUACAAAGAAUAAACUCACCACAAUAUUUAUUAAGAAAUAAGACCGCAUCUACUAAAAUACAACAAGAGAAUACACCACCAUGCAAGAUGUACAAUGCAAAAACUAAAAAUCAUCAUUGGGAUCCAAAUACUACAGUUUUUAUUUAAGUGAAAGAGAAAGAGGGACAAAAUGAUUUAGUCUCUCUUUUUAUCUCAACACUAAUUUAUUAA